AUGACCGAUGUAAAGGCAAAGCCGAGUCCGCUCAACUCAAUCCUAUCAGGAGCCCUGGCAGGCGGCAUCGAAGUCUCCAUCACCUACCCAGCAGAAUACCUCAAAACCAUCAAACAACUCAACCGUCGCCUACCUGCCGGUCAAAAGGAACCCAUCCCGCCCUUUGGCAAAGCGUGGUACACGGGCUGCUCAACCACCAUCACCGGCAAUGCACUGAAAGCGGCCGUACGGUUUCUUGCAUUCGACAGCAUCAAAGCCGCCCUCGCAGAUGAAGAUGGCAAGUUAUCGGGUGGCCGAACAUUGAUUGCAGGCUUCGGUGCGGGUAUCUGUGAGAGUCUGUUCGCAGUAACCCCCUUUGAGAGUGUCAAAACAGCCCUGAUUGAUGAUCGCAAACGCGCACAACCUCGACUCAAUGGCUUAGUGCAUGGUACAAAAACAAUUAUUAGAGAACAAGGAUUCACGGCGCUGUACAAGGGUCUCUUCCCAACCAUGAUGCGACAGAGUGCCAACUCGGCCGUUCGAUUUUCCUCCUACAACUUCCUCAAGAGCGCCGCACAAGGCUCGCUCGCACCCGGCGAAAAGCUCGGGAUUGCCUCUACCUUUGCAAUUGGCGGGUGUGCAGGCAUCAUCACCGUGUAUGCGACCAUGCCGCUCGAUACUGUCAAGACGCGCAUGCAAUCUCUUGCUUCACGGCAAGAAUACAAAAACUCGUUUCAUUGCUUUAGUCGCAUUGUCACGGAAGAAGGUUUCUUUUCGCUAUGGUCUGGGGCAUUGCCGCGCUUGGCGAGACUCAUCUUGUCGGGUGGUAUCGUCUUUACUUGCUAUGAACAAACAUCGGCACAACUCACGAAGCUCGGCAUAUAG